UUGUUGAUUCAUUUUCGUAACGGUACUGCGUCUGUACGGGAGUGUCCAACUCGAACAACAGAAUGAUAAGCGAGUGACAAGUGGAUGAUUUUGUUCCUAUGUGGAUAAUGUAGGUCGGAUAAAAGUAGUUUGUUUUGGUUAAUUAUUGAACUUCUGGUGGCAAAUAACUGUUCGAAACGUAGAUAUAUUGUGAGCAUUUUGAUUUUUGUGCUGAAUUUUAAAAAGUGCUUCGUGUUGGAGUAAACAGUACCUGCUCACUGUUAAAUUGGACUGUAACGAUGGCUGAGGCUGCAGGCGCCGUUGGCACUAACCCUAACGCGGAAAUUGUCCGGGGUCAGGUUUUUGAAGUCGGCCCUAGAUAUACCAAUCUGCAAUACAUUGGGGAAGGAGCCUAUGGGAUGGUUGUGUCGGCCUUCGACAACAUAAAGAGGACGAAAGUCGCCAUUAAGAAAAUAUCCCCUUUCGAACACCAGACCUACUGCCAGAGGACGUUACGGGAAAUCAAAAUCCUCACCCGUUUCAAGCACGAAAAUAUAAUCGACAUUCGAGACAUUUUAAGGGCGGACAGUAUUGAUCAAAUGAAGGAUGUUUACAUCGUGCAGUGUUUAAUGGAAACGGAUCUCUACAAAUUGUUAAAAACACAGAAACUAAGCAACGACCACAUCUGUUACUUCCUGUACCAAAUCCUGCGAGGGCUCAAGUACAUUCACUCCGCAAAUGUCCUGCAUAGAGAUCUCAAGCCAUCUAAUUUAUUACUCAACACCACCUGCGAUUUGAAGAUUUGCGACUUCGGUUUGGCGCGAGUCGCCGACCCUGACCACGACCACACAGGGUUCCUUACGGAGUACGUCGCAACGCGCUGGUACAGAGCCCCCGAGAUCAUGCUCAACUCCAAGGGCUACACUAAGUCGAUAGACAUCUGGUCAGUGGGGUGCAUCCUGGCAGAGAUGCUGUCCAACCGGCCGAUCUUCCCGGGCAAGCAUUACCUGGACCAGCUGAACCACAUUCUGGGAGUGCUCGGUUCGCCCAGCCGGGAGGACCUCGACUGCAUUAUCAAUGAGAAGGCGCGCGGUUACCUCGAAUCGCUGCCGUUCAAGCCGCGCGUGCCUUGGACGGAGUUGUUCCCGGGAGCAGACGCGCGCGCGCUCGACUUGCUGCAUCGUAUGCUCACGUUCAACCCGCACAAGCGCAUCACCGUAGAGGAGGCGCUCGCGCAUCCCUACCUCGAGCAGUACUACGACCCCAAUGACGAGCCGGUGGCCGAGGAGCCGUUCCGAUUCGCGAUGGAGUUGGACGACCUGCCGAAGGAGACUCUUAAGAAGUACAUCUUCGAGGAGACGCUACUGUACAAGCAAACCAACGAAGGCGCGUAAACCUAUUCGCUGCGAUAUCGAGUGCUCCUGUGUCCGCUGCGGCGCAGCGCGUGGGGUGAGGCGCACCAGUCUGCAUGCAAACGCCAUUUAAGUUUCGUCCUAUUCAAUAGUUGACAGACAUUUUGUAGCGCGAAUGAUUCAUACCAAAAUCGCUGUCUUCGAUGACUUCGCCCCACGGCUCGCUUAUCUUAAGUUACCCUCGAUUACGUUUAUGAAUAAACAUUUCAACAGUAUUUUGUCGUGUUAAGGAAAAUGACGUAGUAAAUACGUUAUCUUAGGGAAACAAUGUUAUGAGGAAAUCUCGCCGUUUGCAUGCAGACUCGCCGGAAUGGAGCGGCCGGACAGAUGGCGACCUCUAUCGACAUUCUGUUAUAUGUAGUGGGUUAACCAAAUUAAAAUGUUAACCAUGAUGUUGUAUUUUCUCUAGGUAUUCGACGUUUCGGCUCGUUAGUUCUCUCUCAACGAGAUUACAUAAAUAAUUCUGUGGUUUGGUUUUGACACAGGGGCAGGAUUAUAAUAAUACUAUUCGCCGCUAUCAAAUUAUAAAGCUGAUCGCAAUUUGGCUAACUUGUCUGACACCCAACACUCGGAAAAUAGGUUAUUGUAUACGGUCGAAGUGGCUCCUUCAAUGCUCCGAAAAAUAACGCAAUAAACUUAUAUUAUAUUAGGAAGAGGCCAAUUAUAGCUUUCUUGUUUAUAAGUGUAUAAUAUAACACCAUAAUAUGUAAUCAGAUAUUAAAACGAUCUAUCCGUAAUAUCAAUACAUUGAGAAAGAACUAUAAAUCAGAAUGAAUUAUUUCAUUAACUUAUCGUGUG